GGGACAGGUGCAGAAGGGACCCAGGGGACACAACUCCAUCCUGGCUCAAGUAAUAUGGAAAGUAAUAUGGGAAGUUACACAGACCCAGACUUGGUGCAUGGGACCAAGAGUAGCCAUGGCUAGAUCAGGAGACUCUCUGAAGGCUUCUCCCCCAGGGAAAGAGAACCAUGAUGUGGUUGUUUGUCACCAUUGCUUGUUUCAUCUGCAGCACAGAAAAGUGCAACGCAAGCCCCGAGGUGUUCAUGGAUGUUGGUGAAAUAAUUCGCUACCACGGGUACCCCUAUGAGGAACAUGAAAUUGUGACAGAUGAUGGUUAUUACCUCACCAUGCAGAGGAUUCCUCAUGGUAGAGACAACUCGGGAAGUUCAGGCAUCUUCCAUGUAGCAGAGACGCAAGGUUCCAGGAUGUUUUGCAUCCCUCCAAAGCCUGUGGUGCUCCUGCAGCAUGGCCUGGUGUUGGAGGGCAGUAACUGGGUUACUAACUUGCCCAACAGCAGCCUGGGCUUCAUCCUCGCAGAUGCUGGCUAUGAUGUCUGGAUAGGAAACAGCAGGGGGAACAGCUGGUCACGCAAACACAAAGAAUUUGAAUAUCACAACGAGAAAUACUCAGCUUACAGCUUUCAUGAAAUGGCCAUGUAUGACCUUCCAGCAACAAUCAACUAUAUUUUGCAGAAAACUGGACAGGAGCAGUUAUACUAUGUGGCUUACUCUCAAGGCACCACCACAGGUUUCAUCGCAUUUUCUUCCAUUCCUGAGCUGGAUCGCAAAAUCAAGAUGUUUUUCGCUUUGGCUCCUAUCACCACAAGCUCAAACAUGAAGUCACCCUUGGUCAGGGUGUUUGACCUUCCUGAGGCUCUGGUUAAGUUCAUUUUAGGACACAUACUGGUCUUCGAUAAGGGCGAGAUUUUGCAGCAAGUGACUUCCCGUCUGUGUGGCUACACAUUCUUUAAAAGCUUUUGCUCUUUGGUCCUUUAUUUGCCUGGUGGGUUUACCAACAGCUUAAAUGUGAGCCGCAUAGAUGUCUACUUGUCUCGCUACCCUGAUUCAACAUCCCUAAAAAACAUGUUACAUUGGCGACAGCUCUAUCAAACAGGGGAAUUCAAAUAUUAUGAUUAUGGCAGUGACAAUGUGCUUCAUUAUAACCAGAGCACACCUCCUUUCUAUGAGCUGGAAAAUAUGAAAGCACCACUUGCUGCAUGGUAUGGUGGCAAGGACUGGAUUUCAGCCCCUGAAGAUGUAAAUAUAACACUGCCUCGUAUAACCAACGUGGUGUACAAGAAAUAUAUUCCCGAAUUCGUCCACUUUGAUUUCCUUUGGGGUAUGCAAGCAUAUGAACAAGUAUACAAAGAAAUUCUUGAACUGAUGAAGAAGAAUGCCUAGAGUUGGAAAAGUGGCAGUAGUUGUUCAUUUCUCCUUUGUCUUUGGGGGCUUCUUUUAUUUGAAGAAAAAAA